AUGAAAAGUUCGUCACCAAAAAAUUUAAUAAUAAUAGAGAAAAGAGGUUUGAGUGAACAUGUAUAAGCAACAUGUAUAAAUUCAGGAAGUAGAAAACCCUCGAUUAUAACUAAAGAUGGCAAUAAUUUAAAGGGAAAUCUAUAAAGUAUUUAAAAAUAAACAGAGAUAAAUAACUUUCAACUAAAGAAGGUUUCUAGUACUGGAAAAUUACUUAUACCAAAAAGUUAGCAUAUUAUGUUAUUUGAUAGAUGAUUAAUCAUAAUAAAAAUAAAAGCGAUUUUCAUCAAAAGAAGGAGAUGGAUUAAAUGUAAUUAGAUCAGGUUAUUUAUACAAAUAAAUAUCUCCAAAAGUAACUAUGUAAGAAGAUAAAAUGAAUGUUGUAUUUAUUCAGGAACUCAAUAAAUAUUAAAUAAAUAAUGAACCAACCUCACCAAAGUCUCCAAAAUUAACAGAUGCUAAUUUAUUUAUGCAUGAAAUGUCAUAAAAUGGAUUUUAAAUGAAAGGACCCUAAUCGCCCCCUUCUCAUGAUAUUCUCACAAAUGGAUAACUUAAAAAUAAGAUACCCAAGAGUGUUCUAAGUCAUCAUCAAAAUCUGAUACCUACAUCUGGAAAGAAGAUAAAUGAAUAAAAAACGAGCAAAUAAUAUUAAAAUACAGUAACUUACUUUUGA